AUGUUUCAAGUCCGCCUUGAGGAUUGCCCGGGAAUGGCCGACUACAUCGCCAAGGUGCAAAGCAUCCAUGGCAAGCUAAAGGAGCUGGGUAUCGUCUUCCCCGAACAAGCUCCUGCAGCCGCCCUUCUUGUUGGCCUCACCUCGGCAUACGAAGACACGAGGAAGAUGCUCCUCACACUCUCGGCAGAAGACCUCACCUUUGCUAAGCGCAACCGCUUCCCUCCGUGCACCUACGUCGUCAAGUAUGGCAACCGCAUGGGACAAGUGUGUGGUGGCACUAACCACCCCCUCGCCACGUGCUUUAAGAAGAAAGACGACGAAUGGUAUGCCAUCCAUGGAGUCGACAAGAAGUCGCCGAAUUGGAUGCGCCCUCGUAAGGCCAACCUAGUUGAGGCACAGGACCUCGCUCAGGCUAGUGCUAGUGAUAGUCCUCCUGCUGAUGUGCGCAUCAACUUGUUGUUCCUCUGCACUGCCAUGAUUAAUGAAGCAACUUCGCAGUACAUCGGCUCAUCACAAGCACCACAAUACAUAGAAUUCACACUCGACAGCGGGGCCACUCACACAGUGCUCAAGGAGACACUCUUCUUCAAACCCUACGCAACACCCAUUCCUCUCCUGGGAGCUGAUUCAAGCUUCACCACUCUUGCCAAGGUCGCUGCAGCCCCACUGGACAUAGUGCACAUGGACGUCUGGGGCCCUGCCCCUGUUGCCGCACGAGGCGGCCAUCGCUAUUUCCUUGCAAUAGUUGAUGACCACUCUCGCUACGUCUCUGUGCACCUCCUCCACACUAAGGCUGAGGCUCCAGAGGCCAUCAUGGCGUGGGUUAACCAGGCACAGACCACCUUUGGGUCCAAGGUCAAGCGCCUCCAUUCGGAUGGUGGUGGUGAAUUUUGCAACGACAAGCUCAAAGCCUUCUGCUCCUCCCUUGGCAUCCUGCAAAACUUCACCCUUUCUGACAGCCCGCAGCAGAACGGCAUAGCAGAGAGCCGAAAUCACACAUUGGUGCAGAUCGCUCGCUGCCUCCUCAGCCACUCCAACGCACCACUCUCACUCUGGGGGUACACCCUCUAUCAUGCCGCCCUCCUCUACAACCUCUACCCCCACCCGCAUCUUCCCGACACCACUCCCACCCCACUCUGGCUCGGGAAAACACCCACUGCUCGCCCCCUUUGCGUCUGGCGGUGCACCGCCUAUGUCCUCCUCAACCCCCAGGCUCGGCGGCGGCAAGGUGGCAAGCUUGGCCCCAAAACUCAAACGUGCAUCUACCUUGGGCAUAACGCUGACUUCCCUGACUACCUUUUCAUCAACCCCUCCACUCAACAACUAGUCAGGAGCCGCGAUGUCGUCUUUGAUGAGACUCGCCCCUUCUACUCCACCUCGGGGGGGGAUCCCCCCUCCGGACCACCCUCUCUUGUGUGGGCUGACUUUGAUGCGCCUCCUGAACUUCCGCCUGCACCAGCUCCCUCACCUCCUACCUCUCCUGCCAUCGCACCAUCCCCGUCUGAGGUCUCUAACCCGACCUCUCCGGUGUCUUCGGCAGCUGCUCCUCCAUCUCCCCCCUCUACCACUCUGCCAACUGCGCUCCCACCACCAAGCGCACCAAUCACAUACCAUCGGCGGUCGAACCCUCCAGCCCCACCUCCUCCCCACGUUCCCUCCUCCACCCAGGAACCUGCUCUCCCACAACCGAGCAAACUGAUCACGUACCAGCGACGGCCGAUCCCUCCGCCCAAGCCUCCCAAACCGUCCCCUCCAGGAACGCCUGCUCCACCCUCUUCUCCGGUGGCUCAUGGCACUCGGUCGCAUGAGGCUGCUCCUCCACUGGCACUUGCCAUUCGAUGCUCAGCAUGA